GCAGUGUCACACAGAUCUAUGCUGAGUGAUUGUGUGCCCAGCAUCUCUGUGGGCAUCCGUCAUGCAUGCUCCAGGCACUUGUUGGGUGCGUGUGGAGGCGGGAGCCCAGGGCUGUGAGCAGUCGCACGUUGGGAAGGAACGCCAGGCCGCUCAGGGGUCGGGUGGCUGGGGCAUCUCCAUCCCUCUCGUCCUCAUUUUCCUUUGCAGGUACAACAUUCACUGCCCUGCCUUCCAAAGGUCUGAAAGUGCAUCAGAGCCCCCGCGCCCUCCAGGCAUCCCCCGGUGACACCGCCACACUGAACUGCUCCUUCCAGAACCCACAGGGCAGCACGGCCAAAGCGACCUGGACCAGAGGGCUGGGAGACAUGGUCGUGGGGCUGGGAGACAUGGUUAUGCUGGAUUCAGCCCACCCCUUCUACACAGGGCGGCUCAACGUGUCCCGCCUGGAUCUGCUCCGGAAAGGGGAGGCCACGAUGACCCUGCGGGACCUGGAGCCGCGGGACUCUGGCCUCUAUCGGUGCCACAUCAGCAUCCUCCGGGGAGACAGCGGGACGGGACAGGGCACCAAGCUUAGCGUGACGGGGAGGAACCAGAGUGACCCAGAUAAAGGACUCACUCCUGCGGGAUGUGGCGCCCAGGAGGUCCUGUGUCCGGCCGCUAUCGCCCUGGGACUGCUCUUCAUCCUCAUCCUGGUGGUCGCCCUCCUCCUGAAGAGAUGCCGAGGUACCAACACGGCGUCUUAGAGAACACAGCCAAGUGGCCAUCCGGGGUGGUCCUGGCUGGGCUGUCUGCCCACCCCUCCCUCUCUGCUCCUUUCCCCAACCUCCCUCCAUCUCCUUCCCCAUCUGUAAAUCUCUGCAGCUUCUCUCCUCACCCUGGACCCCUUCACGCAUGCACACGCCUGUUUUAACCUUCCUUUCCUCU